CUUCUCUCCCAUAUUAAACACACAAUAUUUGCUUUCACUUUUUUUUUUUUUUCUAUAUAUCAAACAUUUCACCGGAAAACAUACACACACAGUGAUCGCCGAUGGGGAGUAAAUCACCUGAGACGGAACACCCUGUUAAGGCCUUGGGCUACGCCGCUAGAGACACUUCUGGCGUACUCUCCCCCAUCAACUUCUCCCGGAGGGAAACAGGGGAUGAAGACGUGAGGUUCAAAGUGUUGUACUGUGGAGUCUGUCACUCUGAUCUUCACUCUGUCAGAAAUGAAUGGCACAACGCCAAGUAUCCCAUGAUCCCUGGACAUGAGAUUGUGGGUGUGGUGACUGAAGUGGGUAGCAAGGUCAAAAAAGUCAAAGUAGGAGACAAAGUCGGGGUGGGUUGUAUGGUCGGGUGUUGCCAUUCAUGCGAUCAAUGUGGUGCAGAUCAAGAGCAAUACUGCCCAAAAAUGGUACAAACCUACAAUGACUCUUCUAUGGUAACCUACGGUGGUUACUCCGACCACAUGGUAGCCAACGAACACUUCAUCGUCACAUGGCCUAAAGACUACCCACUUGAUGGUGGUGCGCCUCUGCUGUGUGCUGGAAUCACUGUUUACAGCCCAAUUCGAUAUUAUGGGCUCGAUAAGCCUGGGAUGCAUGUUGGUGUGGUUGGGCUUGGUGGGUUGGGUCAUGUUGCUGUUAAGUUUCUUAAAGCUCUUGGUGUUAAGGUUACUGUGAUCAGCACAAGUCCCGAGAAAAAGGAAGAAGCCAUUAAUACUUUUGGUGCUGAUUCUUUCUUGGUGAGUCGUGAUCAAGCCCAGAUGCAGAGUGGAGUGGGUUCUAUGGAUGGAAUUAUUGACACUGUUUCUGCUGAUCAUCCUCUUGUGCCUUUGAUUGCUCUGUUAAAGCCUAAUGGUAAACUGGUUUUGGUUGGUGGUCCAACCAAGCCGUAUGAGCUACCUGCUUUCCCUUUGCUUUUUGGUAGGAAGAUGGUGGGAGGAAGUUUGAUAGGGGGGAUAAAAGAGACACAGGAGAUGAUUGAAUUUGCAGCAAAACAUAAUAUAACGGCAGCGAUUGAACUCAUUCCCAUUGAAUAUAUCAACACUGCAAUGGAGCGUCUUGCAAAAACUGAUGUCCGUUAUCGCUUUGUUAUCGAUAUUGGUACAUACAAAGUAGUUUCGAAAAUCGGAAGGCGCGAAGAAAUCAGUUUCGAAAAUAAGAGGAACAAGAAAAUCAAUUUCUAAUUUCUGAACGUACAAACAAACCAAAUUAUGUUUUUCCUUUUAGAUGCAUCGAGCAACAAUCUAUGGAUUGUCAAUCCUUCUUUGAGGUUUAAAGGUUUCUGAUUUCAUAUUUUUUCGGAGUUUCAGAAAAUCAGAAGGUACAUUUUUUAUUUAUGUUUUUUAUAUAGAAGCAAAUAAGAGUUUUAUUUUUUGAUAAUGUAAUAUAACUUGCUUAUUUCA